UCCACGGUGAUCCCUCUCCACAGACCACAGCCCCUCCUAUACCAACAACCAAGCACCGACAUAAACUGGCGAGGUGGAGUCAUGGAGACCGCAAUCUGAAAUCUUGGACCAUCAGCUAGCUCACCAGCUACCUGAUCCACAGCCACUCUCGCCAUGGAUCCGAGCUCCGAAGUCAUACUGGACACCCCGUUCUUCCGCAUCUACAGCGACCGGCGCGCCGACCGCCUGAUCGGCAACAGCACCGUGCCACCCGGCUUUGACGCCGCAACCGGUGUCACGUCGAAGGAUGUCAUCGACGGAGACGCCGGCGUCUACGUCCGCCUCCACCUCCCGGACAUGGCUCCCUGGUCCGACGACAGCCAGAAGCUCCCCGUGCUCGUCUACUUCCACGGCGGCGGCUUCGUCACCGGGUCCGCGGCUUCCCCGAUGUACCAUGUCUUCCUCAACUCUCUGGCCGCGAGGACGGGCCUGCUCGUCGUGUCCGUGAACUACCGCCUCGCGCCCGAGCACCCGUUGCCGGCCGGCUACGAGGACUCCUUCCGCGCGCUCAAGUGGGUGGUUUCGGGUAGUGGUGACCCCUGGCUGUCACAGCACGGCGACCUUGGCCGCGUAUUCUUGGCCGGUGACAGCGCCGGCGGGAACAUCGUCCACAACGUCGCGAUGAUGGCCAGGCUGGAAGGCGAAGGCUCGGACGUGGCGUCGCGAAUCGAGCGCGCGGCUCUGCUCCACGCCGCUUUCGGGGGCAGGGAGCCCAUCGGCGGGGAGACGCCGGAGGUGGUGGCGCUGACGGAGAAGCUAUGGCGCGCCGUGUGCCCCGAGGCAACUAACGGGGCGGACGACCCGCGGAUGAAUCCCUUGGCCACCGGGGCACCGAGCCUGCGGAACCUACCGUGCAAGAGGGUGCUCGUCUGCGCAGCGGAGGCGGACUUCCUGCGACCGAGAUGCAGGGCGUACUACGAGGCCCUCGCGGCGAGCGGGUGGGGCGGCGCGGUUGAGUGGCUCGAGUCCAAGGGCGAGGAGCACACCUUCUUCCUCGGCAAGCCCGGCUGCGGUGAGGCCGUGGCGCUCAUGGACCGGCUCGUCGCGUUCUUCUCUGUGCACUGAAUGGUGAAUGCGCCACGCACGUGGUUGCCUCCCUUGCCAGCGAUUGUGAAUCAGAGAGACGGGCUUGCAUUAUUUGCAAGUGCAGUUUAUUUUCCAUUGCAAUAUAACAAAAAGAAAGUACUAUUUGUAUUGCAAAUGUUAUCAUAACUGUUCCGUUGUAUUACAAGUGCAAUUGAAAGUAUUAAUCGUGUUGCAAUUAUAGUAAAAGCUGUUCCUUUAUCAACAA